AUGUCUGGAACUGCUCAAGACUGCCUCGUCCCCGAUCUCACAACCCUCUCCGGGAUCUCUGAGCUUGAUGGUAUCACAAUUUGUAAGUACCGCAUUAUCUCUAACAGUUCCAACACAUGCACCGCUGUGGCCUACUUCGAAGAAGACCAGUCUCCUUGUGGUCUCCCGACCCAUCUCAUCAUCCGCCUUGAAAAGAGCCGGGAUGGCAACCCCCUCAUCGCGACGGCUGCGUUGCAGAGGCUGGCCCACCGACGACUCCCUUAUCUGGUCCCCAAGGUCUGGGGUGCUGGUCACACCCAGACUGAGAAAGGCACCAAGCUCUCAUACAUGCUCUCGCAGUUCUACAUGCACACGUGCACACUGGAGUCAGUAUGGAACGACAUGGAUAAGUCUUCGCGACAGGCGUUGGUAGAACAAGUUGUCUCCACUUUGUGCCAGUUGAAAGAUGUUUCUCUGGCAAAUGCCAACGAUGAAACUGACAUUCUGCGAGGAACACCAUUUGAGCGGAUCAAGACAGGGCGCUCUGCUAUGGUAGGUGGUCCUGCGUACGGUUACUUCCGUGAUUUCUCAUCGUUAUUGAUGCGUACACUGAGCCCCGGGAACAACAGAUGCAGCAUAGAUCAAAAGCCAGAUGGUUCUGUGGCCAUUCAGAUGGAGUCUCCGCAAGAAAUCGGCUUCAGCUUCGCCCAGACGGAUCUCGACUUGUUGUUGCACAUGUCGGUGUUGUGUCAUAACAACCUGGAGCCUCGAAACAUUCUCGUCCGGGAGGUCAUCACUGACGACAACAACAGGAUGACCUAUCAGCUGGUUUCCGUCAUUAGCUGGGAAAUGGCUGGCUUUUUCCCCUUCGCUUUCGAGGUGGGUUACAAGGACACAUGUUUGGGCCUGCAGAAUCAGUCCUGGAGCUGGUAUAGUCUGUACAGGCGCAGUGCGGGUCGCAUUCUCUCCGAGACAGCUCCUGUCGCGCGCCCCAUCUGGUCCAGACUGAUUCGAGCCAUGGUGCUCACUGACAUUGCAAAGAAAGAGGCCAACAAGCUGAACGUGGGAAAUUUGGUGCAAAAGCUUUGGCAUGAAAGAGAGCAGACGAUCGCCUAUGUUGAUGCCGAAAUGGGAUACGCUAAAACAUCUAACAUUGCAGGUGUCGAGUCCUUCAGUACUGCUGAUAAUACUGAGCUAGAGCUGGUGGCUCUGCGCAAACUAGGGUAUAUAGAAGACCGAUGA